UUCAUGAUACCUUCUGCAGGACAUGUGAAAGCAGCUCUUUGGAAAACAAAUUCGAUUCGUUUGAAAUCCUCCUCAGAGCAGAAAAUACUCUUUUAUUUUAAGGUAUCCGAUCGAAGUGCAGUUGCUGAAAGUCGGCGUUGUGUCGAAGCAAUGGAAGUUGACGUGACCAUAGAAGGUCAGCGUGCGUUCAUCCAGCUGCGACGAACUCUUGAUGAUGUUCGCUGGAGAGGCGAAAACAUCUCUGUUCUGGGACGUGUUAUUGUCCGCCCACCGUAUACGCCUGAAAGCGCUGAUGCACUGCAGGCUGAUUCACAAGCGCAGUCGGCAUUGAUGCACGUUCGUAAAAUACUAUCGAAACCGUUUAUUCCGGAACAGAGACUGACCGCUUGCUGUGUUGCGCACGAAGACAACGGUGGUCUAUAG